CUUCACGGACUUUACCAUCUCAUCCGACCCAAUCCUCUGCCUUCCAACUUCGAAGUUCAAACCCAAUUCGCCCACAGCUCUCUCUCUCUCUCUCUCUCUCUCAAAAUCAAAAAUCAAAAAUCAAAAAUCAAAAAUCCAAAUCAAACGAAUCGGUGCAUGGCGUGCCGAAUCAAUUUACCCCUCCGAUGGCAGCCUGAUUCGCCUAUUUUCUCGUUCAUAAGUUGCCGCCAAAACCCACCUGUUUCUCCGUGUGCGCUCAAUCUCCGUCCCCCUUCAUCCGUCGCUAAAAACAUUUCGUAUUCGGGGAGUCGGGGCCGCAGGUUCCUCACCGUGAGGUGUCGGAUGGCGACGGAGAAUCGUUUGGCGUCGGAGGAAAGAAUGCUCGUGUACGUUCCUCCGCAUCCCUUGAUCAAGCACUGGGUUUCCGUUCUAAGAAAUGAACAGACUCCUUCUGCCAUAUUUAAAAGUGCAAUGGCUGAGCUGGGUAGGCUACUUAUGUAUGAAGCUUCAAGGGAUUGGUUGCCUACAGUCUCUGGGGAGAUUCAGUCACCAAUGGGUGUUGCCUCUGUUGAAUUUGUUGACCCCAGGGAGCCUAUAGCGGUUGUUCCAAUCUUGAGAGCUGGUCUUGCUCUUUCUGAACAUGCAGCAUCAAUUUUGCCAGCAACAAAGACAUACCAUCUUGGAAUUAGCAGAGAUGAGGAUACUCUUCAGCCUACUGUGUAUUUGAACAAGUUACCUGAAAAUUUUUCUGAAGCAUCUCGAGUAUUUGUUGUGGAUCCUAUGCUGGCAACAGGUGGCACAAUAGUUGCGGCUCUUGACUUGCUGAAGGAACGUGGUGUUGAAAACAGGCAAAUUAAAGUGAUAUCUGCUGUGGCUGCACCUCCAGCACUCCAAAAGCUCAGCGAGAAGUUUCCUGGGCUUCAUGUAUAUGCUGGAAUCAUUGACCCCACCGUCAAUGACAAAGGGUUCAUAAUUCCUGGACUUGGGGAUGCUGGAGACCGUAGUUUUGGUACAUGAAACCGCCCCGGUUUGGCUGGCUUAACUUUCUUCAUCAUCUGUCACAAUUUUGGCAUUUGAGCAAAUGAACGGGAGAUUUGAUUUUGAUGGGAUUUUUAUUCAGCAAUCUUGCCCCACAGAUUGGUUCAGUUCGUGAGCAAUUUAUACUGGUAAUGAAUCAAUAAAGGAGCAAAAUUGUGCAUUGCCUCAAUAUCUGUUAAAAAAAAAAUUGUAUUCUUUUGAACAAAGUAAGCCUUAUAUCCUUGUCCAGCUCUAUUUAGCCAUGGGAAUGGUUUGUUGGAGGAAAAGUGACCUACGUUGUCCUAAGAAUUUUCAGUGUGCCAUUGAAACUUCUUAUUAUUGGGAGCGGCUUGCUGUUGAAUUUGCAUGAA